ACAGGGUAUUGCUCUUCUUCUCUUCUUCUUUUUUAUUUUUAUUUUUUAUUUUUUGAGACGGAGUUUCACUCUUGUUACCCAGGCUGGAGAGCAAUGGCACGAUCUCGGCUCACCGCAACCUCCGCCUCCUAGGUUCAGGCAAUUCUCCUGCUUCAGCCUUUUGAGUAGCUGGGAUUACAGGCACACGCCACCAUGCCCAGCUAAUUUUUUGUAUUUUUAGUAGAGACGGGGUUUCACCAUGUUUACCAGGAUGGUCUCGAUCUCUUGACCUCGUGAUCCACCCGCCUCAGCCUCCUGAAGUGCUGGGAUUACAGGCGUGAGCCACCGCACCUGGCCUCUUCUCUUCUUCUUAAUCUUCCUGUCUGGGCUGACUUCAGAGACUUUGUGGCCCUGAGGCCUAUUAAGGAUGACACAGUAUCAGUGGAAUUGAUCAAAAACCUCCCUGUCCACAUCUUGCCCAAUGGGGAAUCUUUCACCAAAAAGCUCACCAGUGUUUUCCACAGAGAUACAAGUUCUGAGCCCUCGGAGUUCCCAGUGGAUUCAAAAAAGGAAGUGGGAACAAGGUUGGAUACCUACUUCUGAGCUUGAACAUCACAGCUAUCAGCUAUCACAAAUAUGAAACAAAAUCUCUGCACAACAGAGUAAGCUCUUAAGUUCAUGGGGUGCCUGGGCUGCAUUUGAAUGUCAUUUCCCCUCCACAUUUUCCUAUCACAUAAAAGACUUUGGCUGGUGAAGCUGCCAUCUGUUAAUACUAAAAUUCCAAAAUAAGAUUCUGUUUGGAAUAUCCCUUUUUAUGCUUCUUAAUUACUAGCAGCAAAUGUUCAUUCUUAGGGGGUCCUAACCUAAGAACAGAUGUAAUCCUCUUUAUUCAUUUUUUAAAUACCUUUUCUAUUAUCUGUCAACCAUGUAUAGAGAAAAUUGCUACAGUAAUGUUUGGUUUCAGAUGAUGAACUAAGUCCGUACCCUGUUAAGAAUUGGUGGAGGGCAUUUGGUCAGUGGGGACCCACGCGGGUUCAACAUGUGUAUGGAGAAGGGUUAUUUCCGUUCCAGGCCCAUCUACCCUGGCCACGGCAUGAUGUUCGUACGCAAUGAUUGCAAGGUGUUCAGAUUUUGUAAAUCUAAAUGUCAUAAAAACUUUAAAAAGAAGCACAAUCCUCGAAAAGUUAGGUGGACCAAAGCAUUCCGGAAAGCAGCUGGUAAAGAGCGUCCAGAGGAUAAUUCAUUUGAAUUUGAAAAGCGUAGAAAUGAACCUAUCAAAUACCAGCGAGAGCUAUGGAAUCAAACUGUUGAUGCAAUGAAGAGAGCUGAAGAGAUCAAACAGAAACGCCAAGCUAAAUUUAUAAUGAACAGACUGAAGAAAAAUAAAGAGCUACAGAAAGCUCAGGAUAUCGAAGAAGUCAAGCAAAACAUCCAUCUUAUCCGAGCCCCUCUGGCAGGCAAAGGGAAGCAUUUGGAAGAGAAACUGGUACAGCAGUUGGAAGAGGAUGUGGACAUGGAAGACGCUUCUUAAAAAUCUCUGUAAACAUUUCUUUUAUGUGCAUUUGAAAAUGCCCUUUGGAAACUUGGAACUGCUAGGUUAUUAGUUUAUUUUUUACAUAAGGUUACUUAAAUGAAAAGUGAUUAAAAUAUAUCUUUUCUACAUUGCCAUCUAUAAAACAUCAGAUAUUACUGAUGUUAUACUGCAUCUCAGUGUUAAAUCUUCACUGACAGAUGUACUUAUGCAAAUCAUGAAAAUUCUGCUUAUAACUAUAGAAGUGAAUUGUGAAUGUAAAAUGCUUAUUCCAUUUGGAUAAUGGCACAAGGCAGCCUUUGUAUAAUAAGUAAUGGCAAAAAUUCAUGGUUAGUGAUGUAUAAAAUAAUAUAUUCUUUGCAGUAAAAUAUUCCCUUUAUUAAUGUUAUAGAAGAGGGAAUAUGAUAAGGAAAUAACAAUUUGUAUGACAGUGUCAAGUACUAUUUUGAUUUUAGUACUUCCUGUUUUGGUUUAUUUGCAUCUCAGAAGAGCAUAAUGAAAUUGUUUGAUGAAGCCUAA